AUGUUCGUGCCAAUCCUUUCGACUAUAUUACUACUUGAUGUCAGUGUAUCCUCCACGUCUAAUUCGAGUUUAGUCCAUCAUGAUGUCGUGUUCGUACGUUCGCUGCCUUCUGCAAAUAGUAGCUUGACCGUUGCUGAAGGAGAGGUGGAGAGUUACGAUGAUGUGGAUCGCACCGCGUUCAUACAGCCAGUUGCUGCAUGGAAAACAUCACGAAAGUCUCCAGUCUUCUCAAAAAAGUUGAAUGAAUUGCUGCAGAGCGAUUCAAGAAACAUUGAGAAGAUAUUCAGAUAUUUUGAGAAGCUUCGCGAGUCAAAUGAUGAAAACAUUGUACUAUUCGUCGAUAAGACCAUCUCCGAUUUGCUUCGAAAGUCUGCGACAAGCGAGUUAACACAGAUAGAACUGCUCAAAUCUAAAACGCCUGCAUCUAAGAUCUUCACAAGUUUGAUGCUACAAACACAAGACGGGUCUCUUGAAGAAUUUUUCCGCCUUGAGCUUCACAUUACGUUUCUGUCUUACGCCACCAAACUAAUGGUCCAAGAAGGCACUGCGAUAAAUCGCCGUGGACCCUCAGAAGACCUAUAUCGUAUUCUCACGGCAAAUCGCAAUGGAGAAACUUUGAUAGCUUGGCUUGGAAAAUGUCAGUUGGCUGGCGAUUCGAAAAAGUUAAUCGAAUCUUUCAUAUAUGGCUUGUUGAGAUCGUCUACGACCAAACAUCUAGCAUAUCGACUUCUAUCGUUGCGUGAUGAAGAUGUUCUUGUUCUUUUCAGAAUUCUCUAUGGGCCAAAAGAGGAGCCCGAUGAGUUGAGGAUAAAGAGUGAGUUGCUUAAGUAUGCUGCAUUUAUUCGUUUCAACUACAUUGAACACGAGUCAAAGAGUUUUUCUUUCGUUGUGCCUGCUCUGCAUGAUUACUUGAAAAGUUCGUUCGGACUAUCGGCUGAAGAUCAAAGGCAGUUAUUUUCGCGAAAAGAAGUGGAAUUGGUUAUGCCAAAGCUUGAUCCGGAGUACGAAACCUAUAAGGGUUUCUCCUGGUCAGAGUUUACGGAGGAUGAAGUGCGUUUGUUCAAAGCUGCAUUGCAAUCCAACGAGUAUGCAAUUUUGGUCAGAGAGGCGUUAAAAGCAAACAGGCAGGUUGCUUCAUUUGCCAAUAAGUUAGGGGAGCAGAAUGCGGUGAACACGUUUAUGUGGAUGCUGAACCAGGAGGAACUCGUGCAAAUGCUUCAAGCGGUGCUUAAAGACGUUAACGCAGUGCAAGUGGCUGAAGAAAUUCGAAACGAAAAUAGUGAUCUUUCGUCGUAUUUUAUGAAACAUGGUGCAGAUACGACUAUCUUUCGUUAUUGGUUCGCCAAUGAUGAUAGAUUGAGAGUGCUCGAAACGUCUAUGAUGGAUGAAAACAGUCUGACGAUGUUUAAAGAUGCGUUGGGGUCAGCAGGACAGUUAAAAUUGGUUGCUGACAUGUUAAGCAGUACGGAAUUGGAUACGGUGACGAUACUCAAAUCGAUACUUGACGAUGAGAUUAUAGUGAAGUAUCUCAAAGAGGCUGUGAAGGAUGACAAGAGUUUGGAAUCAUUUAGAUUGGCUUUGGAGCACACGAUAGAUGUCAAGAAUAUCAAGUCAAAGGCUGGUCAUGGUCUCAAAGCUGUAUUAAAUGAUAUGAAUCAAGUGUUUUCUCUAAGAGUGGCUAUCAAAGAUGAUAGUCGUGCGACGUUGUUUCGAGCGGCUUUGGAGGAUAAGAAACAUGAGGAUGAUUUCUUCAAAGCAUUGAACGAAAAGAGAUUGACAAAUGUGUUUAUAUCGAUACUUGCUGAAAACGAAAAGUUGGAAUGGCUUGAAAGGGCUGUUGCGAAAGGAAGAUACGGGAGGUUGGAAUUUGAUAGAGAUGACAAGAUGCUGGCAGAUGAGAUGGUAAAGUAUAUCAACUCAGGACAAGGCGACAAAACUCAUUACUAG